AUGUUUCCUUCUGCUGAACAUUUUAGUUGGUACGAUGUUAGUGGUGCCCACGCAACUGUGCCUACAUGGGGACUACUAGCCGGAGAAGAGUUUGUGACGAAAUCGUGCUAUGAUUUUGUGAAAUUGCAACAACAAAGAAAUAACCCUCCGAGUCCAUUUUGCGGGUGGCCCGAAUACAAUAUACCUGCCUGUCUACCAGAUCGCAGUGGUUACGGAUUGUGUGACAUCAGUCCAAUCAAGGCACUGGCAUAUCACGCACACAAUGUUGACCGUCCUAAAAUGAAUCAACUGUUAAAGCAAUACAAUUUUGGUGGGAGAUAUUUACAGAUAAACAACUGUCCAAUAAUUACG